AUGGCUGCCCCCUUUCUCACCCUCCCACCGGAGGUGUUGGUCAUGAUCAUGUCGUUUUCCGAGUCAUUAGAUGAUCUCUGGUCACUGAUCCAAGCAUCUCCCGCCGUUCUGUCGUGGUUCACCUUUUUCCACAACCAAGACUUCCACUUCGAAGGAGACGACACUCUCCGUUCGUUCUUGAUGCUUCAGUCACCUUGUUUGGACGUGUUAUUUCCACGGAACACGGCAGAGAGGUUCUACUCGAUUGUUCACUACAUCUACGACCAACACUGCUCGAUCGUGCGCAGUGUGGUAAACAGCCUCGGUUCUCUGGCUAUCCCACCGCCCGACCAAACUGAAGCCGCCGAGGCUACAGGCAUCAAACGGGCUGCGAGGACACCUCUCAGCAACGACGCUCCGUUCCAACUUCACAUUUGUCGAUUCAAGCACCGUUCGACACUAGAAACACACAACUACAUCCAUUAUCUCACUUCACAAGGCUUUGGCAUGCUCCUGGCUUUGCAACGCAUGAAUAUUCAUGCUCAACGAGAUUUCACCUUGGCGACAUUCUUCCAGGUCUCCCAGAGCGGAAAUCCGGUCGUCUUACUGGUGGAUCACGUAGAUGGACAUCGAACGGGCAUUGUUGGAUGCGAUAGGUGGAUGCCAUGGGUUCAUUCUUGGUACAAUAUUCCCGGUAUGUGGCAAUAUGCCCCCGGCUUCUGGUUGCCGAAGCGUCUAGGUUACCCGCCAGGAAAGUUCAGCAUCCCCGAGGAUUGUCGCGGCACCGAGCGGCCCGAGUUCGCGAGCGCGCACGAUGUCUACGCCCUUGGCAUGGUGCUGCUAGAACUGGAGUCCCGUCGGUCCCUGCGCGACCUGAAGGAGAAGUGUGAGAAGAACUCCGGCCAGCGGUGGACGGCGCAGCCGUUUGCGCGAGUGGAUCGUCGCCGAGGAGCUCGGGAGUCUCGUUCCUCGCAUAGGGGAGAUCUAAACGAUACCGUGACGGUCUGUCUAGAGGGACUGAAGAGAGACGAUGGGCGCAGCUUCCAGGAGAAGUUUUUGACAAGGUCGUCAAGAAGAUGGAUUUGUGCAUAG